GAAAAUUAUAAUUUUUUGUUGACGUAUGUGAACUCUGUUCGUUGGUAGAGUUUUUCUUUUCUCAUUACCCUGAAAAGAGAAUUGGUACUUUUUAUUUUAAAAAAAAAAUUGUAUUUUAUUUAAUAAAUUUUGAUUAUGCCAACAAUAGGUAUCAAGCGAGAUUUGUUAUUCAAAUCUCUAGGAAAAACGUACACUGAUGAUGAAUUUCAAAGCCUGUGUUUUGAAUUCGGUCUCGAACUGGAUGAAGUGACCACAGAAAAGCAGAUGAUUACUAAAGAACAAGGUGAAGAUUCCCAUUUAAACACUAGUGCUUCAGAAGAUAUUAUUUAUAGGAUAGAUAUACCAGCUAACCGAUAUGAUUUACUUUGCUUAGAAGGUUUGGUUCAGGGAUUACUUGUGUUCUUAGGAAGGAUACCACCACCAAAAUUUCAUGCAAUUAAACCUGCAGAAGGUGAUACCCAAAAACUUGUUAUUAAACCAGAUACUGCCAAAAUCCGACCUUAUGCAGUAGCAGCUAUUUUAAGAAAUAUAAAAUUCGACCAGGAUAAGUAUACUAGUUUCAUUGAUUUACAAGACAAAUUGCAUCAUAAUAUAUGCCGAAAAAGAUCAUUGGUAGCAAUUGGUACACAUGAUUAUGAUACUAUCAAAGGACCAUUUAUUUAUGAUGCUAAAUCACCAAAACAUAUACAAUUUGUUCCUCUUAAUCAGGAAAAAGAAUUCAAUGCUGAGGAAUUAAUGGAAUUCUAUUCAACCCACCCACAGUUAAAACAGUAUCUCCCAAUAAUUAAGGACAGUCCUGUUUACCCUGUUAUCACAGACAGCAAUGGUGUUGUAUUAUCAUUACCCCCAAUAAUCAAUGGAAAUCACUCCAAGAUUACUUUGGCUACCAAAAAUGUAUUCAUAGAAUGUACAGCUACUGAUUUAACUAAGGCAAAAGUUGUUCUUGAUACCUUAGUAUGUAUGUUUAGCCAAUAUUGUUCUGAGAAACAUACUGUAGAAUACUGUGAAGUUGUAAAUCCAGACGGUACUUCAGUAUUGUAUCCUGAAUUAGAGUAUAGGAGUGAAGUUGUAUCUGUUAAAAAAACAAAUAAAAAAAUUGGGAUAAAUGAAUCACCUGACAAUAUGGUACAACUCCUCUCAAAGAUGUGCCUUACUUCUGAACUGACAAAUAACACCGAUAAUAUUAAAGUAACGAUACCUCCCACAAGACAUGACGUGUUACAUGCUUGCGAUAUUUAUGAAGAUGUAGCUAUAGCAUUUGGUUACAACAACAUAAAAAGAACUUUCCCCAAAACGAAUACCGUAGCUCAGCAGUUUCCUGUAAACAAACUAACGGAUUUAUUAAGGUAUCCAAUUGCCGAAGCUGGGUUUACUGAGGCGUUGACUUUUGCAUUGUGUUCAAGAGAUGAUAUAUCUAUAAAACUGGGCAUUGACUCAAUUGAAAAAAUUCCUGCUGUACACAUAUCAAACCCAAAAACAUUAGAAUUUCAAGUGUGUCGUACAACUCUACUACCAGGCAUUCUUAAAACCAUAGCUGCCAACAAAAAAAUGCCCUUGCCCAUGAAAAUAUUUGAAAUAUCUGAUGUCGUACUGAAGGACGCUGAAGCUGAAGUUGGUGCCAGAAACGAAAGAAGAAUUUGUGCAGUUAACUGUAAUAGAAAUGCUGGUUUUGAAGUUGUCCAUGGUCUUCUUGACAAGAUUAUGUUGCUUCUUGAAGUUUCCUGGUCUCGCAAGAAGAAUUCUGUUGGAUAUUAUUUACAAGCUACCAACGAUCCUACUUAUUUCCCUGGACGAUGCGCUAACAUAAUAUGUCAUGGAACGCCCAUUGGAAAAAUUGGAGUUUUACAUCCAAACGUUUUGGCCAAAUUUGAACUAACCAAUCCUUGUUCUGCUGUAGAAUUAAACAUUCAGCCAUUUGUUUAAAACUUUUACCCAAACUUGUUACUUAACUUAUUAGUUUAUUCAAUUUACUUAUGGUUUGCUUUUUAAAAACAAUUUUGUACAUGAUUUAAAUAUAGCAAGAUUAUAU